AUGCUGAAUAAGCUCUCGGGGCAACCAGAGAGUUACGAGAAAAAAGCGCUGUACAGGUUCGGAAGAACCCUCGGUGCAGGAACAUAUGGUAUCGUCCGUGAGGCCGAGUCCGCCGCCGCCGGAAAGGUCGCCGUCAAGAUUAUCCUGAAGAAGAAUGUCCGUGGGAAUGAGAAAAUGGUCUACGAUGAGCUGGAAAUGCUCCAGGCCCUUCACCAUCCCAGCAUUGUCCACUUUGUCGACUGGUUCGAAUCGAAGGACAAAUUCUACAUCGUUACCCAGCUGGCCACUGGUGGUGAGCUGUUCGACCGCAUUUGCGAAUACGGCAAGUUCACAGAGAAGGAUGCGUCGCAGACGAUUCGCCAGGUCCUCGAUGCAGUCAACUAUCUGCACGAGCGCAACAUUGUCCACCGAGACUUGAAACCCGAAAACCUCCUUUACCUCACCCCUGCACCCAACUCUCCCCUCGUCCUCGCAGACUUUGGUAUCGCCAAAAUGUUGGAAACCCCCACCGAGCUCCUCACCAGCAUGGCUGGUUCGUUUGGAUACGCUGCGCCGGAAGUUAUGCUCAAGCAGGGCCACGGCAAGGCCGUCGACAUGUGGUCCCUGGGCGUUAUCACCUACACUCUUCUCUGCGGUUACUCGCCUUUCCGCUCGGAGAACCUGUCCGACCUGAUCGAAGAAACCCGCAGUGGUCGCAUCAUCUUCCACGACCGCUACUGGCGCGAUGUCUCCCAAGACGCCAAGAACUUCAUUCUCGCCCUCCUCCAGCCAGACCCGGCACACCGUGUAUCGUCGGGAGAGGCUCUCAAGCACUCAUGGCUGAAGGGUGAAUCUGCCAGCGACCGCGACCUGUUGCCUGAGAUCCGUGCCUACAACGCCAAGGCCCGUCUCAGGCGUGGUAUUGAGAUCAUCAAGCUCGCGAACCGCAUCGAGGCUCUCAAGAUGCAGGAGGAUGACGGGGAAGACAUCCCCAGCCCCGCAGAUAUGGCGGCCUCUGCCGGUACCGCUGAGGGUGAGGGUGAGACUGAGCCUUUCCCGUCGACUUCGCCUAAUGGCAAAUCGUCUCCUGGCUCACCCGAGGGCACCGGUACCACUAAGAAGCGGAGUCUGAGCAAGAUCGCGCGCGGGUCCAUUUUCCGGGAGGUCGUGCUCGCCAAGGUCCGCGAGGUGAAGCAAAACGAGGAGCGGGAGAGGAUCGAGCGGGAGGCCCGUGAGAAGUCGACGACUCAUGCUUGA